AUGGAUCCUUCACAGAAGAAUCUCUACAAAGAUGUGAUGCUGGAGACCUAUAUGAACCUCACAGCUAUAGGCUACAAUUGGGAAGAUGUUGAAGUUGAAGAAUAUUGUCAAAGUUCUCAAAAACAUGGAAGGCAUGAAAGAAGUCAUACUACAGAGAAAUCACAUGAAUAUACUGCAUGUACUAAAGCCUUUGCUUGUAGUCAUCCUCAAAGGCAUGAAAAAACACAUACUGGAGAGAAAUCAUAUGAAUAUAAUCAAUGUGGUAAAAGCUUUGCAGAACACAGUAAUCUUCAAAGGCAUGAUACUACACAUAUUGGUAAAAAACCUUAUGAAUAUAAUCAAAGUGGCAAACCAUUUGCUCAUUGGAAAGUUCUUCAAUUUUAUAGAAGAAAACAUUUUGGAGAGAAACCCUAUGAAUGUAAUCAAUUUGAUAAAGCAUUUACAAAGCCCAGUCAUCUUCAAAUACAUAAAAGAACACAUACUGGAGAGAAACCCUAUGGAUGUAAUCAAUGUAAUAAAGCCUUUGCUCGAUACAGUGCUUUUCAAUUGCAUGAAAGAACACAUACGGGAGAGAAACCCUAUGAAUGUAAACAAUGUGGUAAAACCUUUGCACGGCACAAUUACCUUCAAGCUCAUAAAAGAACACAUACAGGAGAAAAAUUCUAUGAAUGUAAUCAGUGUGGUAAAGCCUUUGCUCGACACAGUGCUCUUCAAAUGCAUGGAAGAACACAUACGGGAAAGAAACCUUAUGAGUGUAAACAAUGUGGUAAAGCCUUUGUACAGCCUAGUCAUCUUCAAGUACAUAAAAGAACACAUACUGGAGAGAAACCCUAUGAAUGUAAUCAGUGUGGUAAAGCCUUUGCUCGAUACAGUGUUCUUCAAUUGCAUGAAAGAACACAUACUGGAGAGAAACCCUAUGCAUGUAAUCAGUGUGGUAAAGCCUUUGUUCGUCACAAUGAUCUUCAAAGGCAUGAAAGAACACAUACUGGAGAGAAACCCUAUGAAUAUAAUCAGUGUGGUAAAUCCUUUGCUCGAAACAGUGAUCUUCAAAGGCAUGAAAGAACACAUAGUGGAGAGAAGCCCUAUGAAUGUAAACAAUGUGAUAAAGCCUUUAUACAGCCCAGUCAUCUUCAAAUACAUAAAAGAACACAUACCGGAGAGAAACCCUAUGAAUGUGAUCAGUGUAGUAAAGCCUUUGCUCAAAACAGUGAUCUUCAAAGGCAUGAAAGAACACAUACGGGAGAGAAACCCUAUGAAUGUGAACAAUGUGAUAAAGCCUUUGUACGGCUCAGUCAUCUUCAAGUACAUAAAAGAACACAUACUGGAGAGAAACCCUAUGAAUGUAAUCAGUGUGGUAAAGCCUUUGCUCAAAACAGUAUUCUUCAAAGGCAUGAAAGAACACAUACUGGAGAGAAACCCUAUGAAUGUAAUGAGUGUGGGAAAGCCUUUGUUCGUCAUAGUGCUCUUCAAUUGCAUAAAAGAAUACAUAACUGA